AUGGCAGGUCCAGGCUUCCACCCCCACCCGGUCUCCUUCUUCCACCGCGGCAUGGCCAAGGCUCUCGGAGCAGGCAUGUGGUUCUUCAUCUUCUACCGGGCAAGACAGGACGGAGCUGCUCUGAUUGGCCUGAGACAUCCAUGGGACGGCCACGGACAUGGACACGGACACGGCGACGAAGAGCACCAUUGA